AUCAAAACGGGUUCCAAGCAGCAUUUUUGCUGUUGUCUUAAGCAGGUAGUAUCAGCUAGUCGUAGAAUUGUAGUGACUCAGUUGCAUUUUAGUCUCAGUCGGAUUAACAGAUCUACACGAUGAAGCCGGUACUGUGCAGUUUUGUUCUUCUGGCAGUUGUUUGCUGUUUGGUUCAAAGUGCUCCCACAGAAAGUAGUGUUAAGGUGAAGAACUCCGACCUCAAGGUGGUGGACCAGUCUAACAACCACGAUCCGGAAGAGUUCAAUUGGAGCUACGAGCUAAGUGACGGUCGGGAAGUGCGCCAAAAUGCGUUCUGGAACACCAAACCGGACGGAACGAGGUACCUGCAAGUCAACGGACUGUACAGCUACGUUGGUCCAGACGGAGUCAAGUACACGGUCAGCUACUUUGCCGACGAGACUGGCUAUCAUCCGACCGUGAUCGUUGGUGAUCAGCCGCUGUAUCCCGAAGGACCGCAGGACAUUGAUCCGAAGGUGCUGGCAUCGCUGCUGGGAUGAGUGAAUUGAGAACUUCCGUUUGGAAGAUUUGUGUAUGUACAAAACGAGGAGUUUAGAAAUGAUUUUGUGAAGUAUCUUUUUGAAAGACAAAAUUAAAACC